GCAGUCGGAGUCUGAGUAGCACUCAUUCACUGGUCGGACUGGUUCAUUGAUACGCACAUUCAUAAUGUCUGCCCCGUGCAUGUGCUCUCACAAUUUUAUUCCUUGAGACUCAUCAUUUUAGAAAAGGACGACUGUUAUUCAAACUGACAUUUGGUGAUAAUGAAGAAGUAACCACUCCCUGAUCAACCUCAACCUCCUAAAAACUGUACUCAAAAACUGAACCAAAACUCCUUUAUAAAAAAAAAAACUUGCAUCUUUGCACAGUCAAAGUUCAAACAGUGACUUUUCACACACGCCUGGCCUUGCCCUUUCAGCUUGACAACCAAAAAGACGUUCCACCCUUUGCACUUGUUUGCUUUAUCAAAUGCCCAAAAACAGCAAGGCCGUCAAGAGAGAGCUUGACGAGGAUGUCACAGAGUCUCACAAGGACCUGCUUUCCAAUGAGGACGCCUGCGACGAUUCCUUCAAGAAGACCUCGUUGAUCGUCAAUAACCAUGAAGGGGAUGGGAAAGAGUGUGAUGUUGAGGAAGGGGGCUCGGAUGGCGAGGAGGAGGAACGCCCGGCCUGGAACAGCAAGCUCCAGUACAUCCUGGCCCAGGUUGGCUUCUCUGUAGGCCUGGGCAACGUCUGGAGGUUCCCCUACCUGUGUCAGAAGAAUGGAGGGGGAGCGUACCUGGUGCCCUAUCUCAUCCUGCUGAUAUUGAUUGGCAUCCCGCUGUUCUUCCUGGAGCUCGCAGUGGGACAGCGCAUCCGCAGGGGCAGCAUCGGGGUUUGGAACUACAUCAGCCCUAGACUGGGAGGCAUCGGCUUUGCCAGCUGUGUGGUGUGCUUCUUCGUGGCUCUCUACUACAAUGUCAUCAUCAGCUGGAGCCUGUUUUACUUCUCCCAGUCCUUCCAGCAGCCUCUGCCAUGGCAUGAGUGUCCACUCGUCAAGAACAAGACCAACACAUAUGUGGUGCCGGAGUGUGAGAAGAGUUCAGCCACCACCUACUACUGGUAUCGUGAGGCCCUUAACAUCUCUGACAGCAUCUCUGAGGGGGGAGGACUCAACUGGAAGAUGACACUGUGCCUGCUGGCUGCCUGGUCGAUGGUAUGCCUCGCCAUGAUCAAAGGAAUUCAGUCUUCUGGGAAGGUGAUGUACUUCAGCUCCCUGUUCCCGUACGUUGUGUUGAUUUGCUUCCUGGUGCGUGCUCUGCUGCUCGAGGGCUCAAUGGAUGGGAUUCGACACAUGUUCACACCCAAGUUGGAGAUCAUGUUGGAGCCUAAGGUUUGGAGAGAAGCUGCAACCCAGGUCUUCUUCGCUCUGGGCCUCGGCUUCGGCGGUGUCAUCGCCUUUUCCAGCUACAACAAGCGGGACAACAACUGCCACUUCGACGCCGUCUUGGUGUCUUUUAUCAAUUUCUUCACCUCUGUGCUGGCCACCCUGGUGGUGUUCGCUGUGCUGGGCUUUAAAGCCAACAUAAUGAUCAGCAAGUGUGUCAGUCUGAACUCAAAGAAGAUUGUGUCGUUGUUGGGAAAUGGCAUUGAAGAAAGCCUGAUCCCCCAUCAUAUCAACCUCACUCUGCCUGCCCAGGUCAGCAAUGAGGACUACCUUGAGAUGUAUAACGUCAUCAAAAUGGUGAAGGAGGACGACUUUCCUAAACUGGGACUGGUAGCCUGCAGCAUCGAGGCUGAGCUCAAUAAGGCGGUCCAAGGCACAGGCUUGGCUUUCAUUGCCUUCACGGAGGCCAUGACCCACUUCCCAGCUUCGCCCUUCUGGUCCGUCAUGUUCUUCCUCAUGCUGGUUAACCUUGGCCUGGGCAGCAUGUUUGGCACCAUUGAGGGCAUCCUCACUCCACUGAUUGACACUUUCAAAGUCCGCAAGGAAUUUCUUACAGUGGGAUGCUGCGUGUUGGCCUUCUCCAUUGGGCUCCUGUUCGUUCAGCGCUCAGGGAACUACUUUGUGGCCAUGUUUGACGACUACUCGGCUACUUUGCCACUGCUCAUAGUGGUGGUACUGGAGAACGUGGCGGUCGCUUGGGUUUACGGGAUCGAUAAGUUCUUUGAAGACCUGAAGGACAUGCUGGGCUUUACGCCGUACCGUUUCUACUACUACAUGUGGAAGUACAUCACACCCAUCCUGCUUCUGGUUCUCCUGGGCUCCAGCUUCGUCCAGCUGGCUAUGACGCCACCCAGUUACAGUGCCUGGAUACAGGAGGAGGCCAAGGAGCAGAGCAUGAUUUUCCCUCCAUGGGGCAUCGUGGUCUGCAUCUCCCUGGUGGUGAUGGCCAUCAUGCCCGUGCCCGUGGUCUUCGGCCUGCGCUACUUCAACAUCAUCGACGAGAACACUAGCGGACUCUCCACUGUCUCCUACAAGAAGGGCCGCAUCAUCAAGGAGAGCGCCCGGCCGGGGGAGGACGACGACGCCAGCCUGAUCCAAGGCAAGUCACCCAGCGAGGCCCCCUCACCGAUGCCUGGGAACAGCAUCUACCGCAAGCAGAGCAACGGUGGCGGUCCUGACGCCGACACCGCUCCAAACGGCCGUUAUGGUAUUGGUUACCUGAUGGCCGACAUGCCGGAUAUUCCUGAGUCGGACUUAUAGACUGACUGUAAUAUAAGCCCUGCCAAACUGGCCUUUCCUCCCCCUCCACCCCCUCUGCGUGCGUUUAGUUGGCUAUAACAUCGAUGUAUAUUUCACUUGUACUGUAUAUUCCUUGUAGAUAUCAUAGCUGCUACCUUUUUUGUCAUCUCUGAACCUUAGCUGACUGUCUACAGAAACGGAAAAAAAAAAAAAAGAAAGUGUGGGAAUAAAUGUCAUCCUCGUCUUACCCUUCUCUCCUUUGCUUGGCUGUGUCCCAAACUCUCCUCUAGCUCCUUCUCCCUCAAAUGUUUGACCCCGCCACUUUGCAGAUAAGGUGUAAGCAAUAAGGUGGACACACCACCGGGCCUACUUGAACAAAAAAUCAGCAAAGAAGAAAGCAAACAAGAGGGUUAAGGUGGUUAGAGGCGAGACUUGGGACUGAAACUGUGUCUAUGGGAAGUGUAAAUCACGCCAGCCUCAAGUCCUGCUGUGUAAAAUGGUAACUUGUGUACAAUAUGACUAACCUUACUGCUGGCCAACAAGUACUGAGAUUAUUAGCAGUGUAGCCGCUCCGGAUAGCGUAAUGAUGCAACAAAGUUGAGGUGAACCGAGUUCAAACAGCAAAAGGAUGGCCUUUGAAAAUCCCUCCCAUGAUUGUCUGCGACUAAAGUGUGCCUAAGUAGUUUAUAUUUGUUUAUAGAAUACAUGACAGAUGUUGUAUAUUUAAGGUAUUCUGUAAAUACAAUAUAAAUAUUAUAAAUAUAUUUAUCUUGAUAGUUUGGAUAUCAGAACAUCAUGUUUUUAAGGUUCAGAGGUACUGCAAAUCCUUAACUCUCACGUCUUUGUUUUUUACUAAUGUGCUGUCUAUGUUUGUGAGGACCGAGUCCUCCCUGUAAAUAUUUUUUUCCAUGAAAUGGCUUCAGAUGCAAUGUCUUUUUUUCCCGUCAAGAUUAAAGAUCAAAUAUGGUCCAGA